ACGUAUCAAUAUUGAAUGAUGAAAAAUUUACAAGAAAACGUUCAGUUGUUUAUUUUUUAAAAGCGAAGAUAACCUUUAUUGAAAUGAGUUCUGAGUAUAUUGAUAUAAAAUCACUUUGUCAUAAUUACGACAAUAUUGCUACCUGUGUGCGUUUGUUGGAGAUUAACCACGGUACUCAGGUAUUCUUUACUGUAUGGUUAAUGUUUUCAAGUGCAAUCAUUGGUGUUACAAUAAUAAUUGUAAUGGAGAAAACCUCUUGGCUCGUCGUUGCGAAGGUUGCUCAGCUUUAUUUAUGGUACUACAUAUGCUGUUAUGUUAAUGAACAAAUGACUAAAGAAGUCGAACAAACCGAAGUACUAAUUAUGAAAUAUCUGAUUAAUUUUAAAUGUGAUCAAUCUAGAAGAAACCUGAUGACGACGUUCAAACAGCUGGUCUCUACAAACCGGGUUCAGUUUACAGCGUGCAACUUGUUCCAUCUCAACUACUCUAACAUACUGCGGACCAUCGUCAGCGUAAUUACCUAUAGUAUUAUACUCAAUCAAUUGUUUUGGAGUGGACAAAACAACUGAUUUUCUCCUUACUGCUAUCUUAAAAAAAAUAAGGAUAUUUUCAAUUAACAAUUUACGACCUACUUAGUCGUGUAUUCGGUGAAAAGUUUAAUGUGGUUUUGCUGUUGUAAUCAAUACACAAAAGCAAUUAUGAGAAACAUGUUGGAUUUUGGGAUGCACCUUUUAUAGCACUUAUACAAGGUACAAUUUAUAUCGGUACAUAGGAAGAUAUUGGCACUAUAAGUUUGACUUUUGUUAGGUUAUGUUUAGUAUGUUCUCGAACAUACGAAAGCCAUUUUACGCAUGUUGAAACUCCGGUGCUUUGCGAAUUGAUAUUGAAGUAGUUAUUUAAGUUAAGAGUGCGCACAUCUUUGACUAAACUACGCACAACUGUUAUGCGAUUGUCGAUUGUUUCGCAGUAAAUGCAACUGUUUAGUUGCACAACUAAAAAUGGAGUAGUGUGCCUAGUUGUGAGAUUGUUUAGUUUCAGUUGCAGGUGUGCGCACGCUCUAAAAAUGAGGCUAAUGAAACAAAUGACUUAUUUGCAUAAAUAUAUUAAAGUUUUAUACAUUACAUACAAGUUCAAAUAUAACUUUCCUAAAAAAACAUAACAUAAUAUAAAAAUUACAAUAACAUUCUUCUUGCGUCCGCUGUAUGCAGAUAUUAAAUCUAUGCUACAGGUUUAACUCUCGAAGCGAAUCUUGUCCUCGAAGUGCUUUUACCAGAAAUUGGUAAGCAAGGUUACUUAGUACUAACACGAAUAGAUUUUAUUUUUGAUUUUUCCUCAAAGUGUGCAAGUUUAGCAAUAGAGGCGUGGUAGUUCAUCCCAUACUAGACGUAUACUAUACACGUAUACUAGUCUAAUGGCUCACUAUUUAUGUGGUGUGGUGGUCAGGCAUUUGAUCGUGUUCCGUUGUUAGAAUCUGGCGGUGGAUGAGGUAUUUCGUACGGCGGCGGGUACGGCUUGCGGUCUUUGUUUUCUUUGGGAGCCGACAUAUCUGAAAAAAGGCAUGUCAUAUUAAUAAAAAUAAAUCAAACAAUUUCCUUCUCAUAAAUGCAAACACUAACGGUGGUUAAAGUUACCUAAAAAGAAACAAAAACACACCCGUUUUGAGUAAAUAAAUUUUACGAUUAAUUACGAUUUCAAUUCUAUUUUCUAAAACAAAAUGACUACUAAGAUUACUACCAAAGAGGUUAAACUUGUCAAAAAGGUAGAACUGGCCAAACGCACGUGACGCCUUAAAAUAAAAGUGCAAAGCACAUAAAAAAUAACAACGGCAAAGAGUAGAAAUGUACUUGUUUAGAGAAAAAAAAAUCACUUUUUAAUGAAUUUCGAUUAAA